CUAAAAACCCACUCUUGAUACGUACAUAAAAGAAGUCCUACCGGAGACCCAUCCAUCGAUCAUCGUCUCUUCUUCGGUUCAUUGAUGGAGGGGGGAGAUGUCUACAGAGCGAGCAGGAGCCUGCGUGCGAGCAGCUCCGGGAUGUGGAGGAACCGCGGGAUGGACGAUGUGUUCUCGAGGUCCCUCUCGCGCCGAGGCGAUGAGGACGACGACGACGAGGAAGCUCUCAAGUGGGCCGCCCUCGAGAGGCUCCCCACUUUCGACCGCCUGAGGAAGGGCAUUCUGACCGCCUCACGCGGCGGGGCAGACGAGAUCGACGUCCCGAACCUCGGCUUCCAGGAGAAGAAGAAGUUGCUGGAGAGGUUGGUGAGGGAGGCCGAAGAGGACAACGAGAGCUUCUUGUUGAAGCUGAAGAACCGCAUUGAGAGAGUGGGAAUUGAUCUUCCUAGAAUUGAAGUGAGAUACGAGCAUUUGAAUGUGGAGACAGAGGUUCAUGUGGGAAGCAGAGCUCUGCCCAGUUUCAUAAAUUUCGUUUUCGAUAUCGCAGAUGGCAUCUUGAAUCUCCUGCACAUCCUUCCUAGUGGGAAGAAACACUUGACUAUCCUGCAAGAUGUCAGUGGGAUCAUCAAACCUGGCAGGAUGACAUUGCUUCUAGGUCCUCCUAGUUCAGGGAAGACCACGCUCUUGUUAGCUUUGGCUGGCAAGCUUGACCCCAAACUGAAGACGACUGGAAAGGUUACUUACAAUGGACAUAGCUUCAAUGAGUUUGUGCCCCAAAGAACUGCUGCUUACAUAAGUCAACAUGAUCUUCACAUUGGAGAAAUGACAGUAAGAGAAACUCUGGCCUUCUCCGCGAGAUGUCAGGGGGUCGGAACUCGAUAUGAUAUGUUGGCAGAGUUAUCAAGAAGAGAGAAAGCAGCAAAUAUAAAACCAGAUCCUGAUAUUGACAUCUACAUGAAGGCAGCAGCAAUACCAGGUCAGGAAGCUAGUGUUGUCACAGAUUAUGUUCUUAAGAUUUUGGGGCUAGAAGGUUGUGCAGAUACCAUGGUUGGAGAUGAAAUGAUCAGGGGUAUUUCCGGAGGACAAAGGAAGCGUGUGACCACGGGUGAGAUGCUGGUCGGGCCCGCGACGGUGUUCUUCAUGGACGAGAUAUCUACUGGGCUCGAUAGCUCGACCACGUACCAAAUAGUGAAGUCCCUGAAGCAAUUCAAUCACAUUUUCAAUGGGACUACCGUCAUCUCCCUUCUCCAGCCAGCUCCAGAGACAUACGACAUGUUUGAUGACAUUAUUCUGCUAUCUGAUGGCCAGAUCGUGUACCAGGGUCCUCGUGACCUCGUCCUAGAUUUCUUCGAAUCCAUGGGAUUCAAAUGCCCCGAGAGGAAGGGUGUUGCCGACUUCUUGCAAGAAGUAACGUCGCGAAAAGAUCAGCAGCAAUAUUGGGCACGUAAAGAUGAGCCAUACACUUUAGUCACAGUUCGGGAAUUCGCAGAGGCAUUCCAUUCGUUUCACUUGGGAAGGAAACUCGGGGACGAGCUUUCCACUCCUUUCGAUCGAAGCAAGAACCACCCUGCUGCAUUGACAACCAAAAAAUAUGGUGUGGGAGUGAAGGAUUUGCUUCGAGCUUGCGCUUCAAGAGAAUACUUGCUUAUGUACAGAAACUCCUUCGUCUACAUUUUCAAGAUCUCUCAGCUCAUACUUAUCGCGUGUAUUACGAUGACGGUCUUCUUUCGGACUAAGAUGCCUCGUGAUACCACAACCGAUGGAGGGAUUUAUAUUGGUGCGUUGUUCUUCACUCUCGUUAUGAUCAUGUUCAAUGGAAUGGUGGAGAUUACCAUGACAAUUGUCAAGCUUCCGGUAUUUUACAAGCAAAGAGAUCUCCUCUUUUACCCGGCGUGGGCAUAUGCCCUUCCUAUUUGGAUUAUAAAGAUCCCUAUCACCUUCAUGGAGGUCGCGGCUUGGGUGUUCAUCUCCUACUAUGUCAUCGGAUUCGAUCCGUAUGUUGGGAGGUUGUUCAGGCAGUACCUUUUGCUUGUGCUCGUCCAGCAGAUGUCAUCAGCGUUAUUUCGGACAAUUGGCGCAGUGGGUAGAAACAUGAUUGUUGCCAACACAUUCGGGACAUUUUCUUUGCUCGUUCUCUUCGCAUCAAGUGGUGUUGUUCUUUCAAGAGAGGAUAUAAAGAAAUGGUGGAUUUGGGCUUACUGGGUAUCGCCCUUAAUGUACGGGCAGAAUGCGCUAGCUACUAAUGAGUUCUUGUCAUCAAACUGGGACAAGGUUCCCUUCAAUUCAAGUUCAAAUGAAACGCUAGGAGUUCAAUCGUUGAAGUCGCGUGGAAUUUUCCCCGAUGCCUACUGGUAUUGGAUAGGAGUCGGGGCGGAGUUUGGAUACACUUUGCUCUUCAACCUCACGUUCCCACUGGCUCUCACUUUCCUCGACCCCUUUGGCCGAUCUCAGACCGUAAAAUCAGGAGAUGAUCAAAGCAAUGAAAAUGACAAUAGAGAAGGAGGAUCGAUUCAGUUGUCGUCUCGGGGUUCUAGUCACCAACAAGUACCAGUGAGUUUAGCCAGAUCCUCAUCUACAAGUCCCCAGAUGGCCACCGUGACUAAUAGGAGAAGAGGAAUGGUCCUGCCAUUUGAGCAACACUCUAUCACUUUCGAUGAAAUCGUGUAUUCAGUUGAUAUGCCACAGGAAAUGAAGAGUCAAGGUGUUGUUGAGGAUAAAUUGGUGCUCUUAAAGGGUGUAAGUGGUGCUUUUAGGCCUGGUGUUCUUACAGCUUUGAUGGGCGUCAGCGGUGCCGGUAAAACUACUUUGAUGGAUGUGCUGGCUGGCAGAAAAACUGGAGGAUACAUAGAAGGAAACAUCAUGAUUUCCGGGUAUCCAAAGAAGCAAGACACAUUUGCUCGGAUUUCCGGCUACUGUGAACAAAACGAUAUCCAUUCACCGCAUGUUACGGUCUACGAGUCAUUGGUUUACUCUGCAUGGUUACGUUUACCUGCUGACAUCGACGAUGAAACCAGAAAGAUGUUCGUUGGGGAAGUCAUGGAGCUUGUGGAACUAAAUCCACUGCGACAAGCCUUGGUUGGAUUGCCUGGUGUCAAUGGUCUUUCAACCGAGCAACGCAAGAGGCUAACCAUAGCCGUCGAACUCGUAGCGAACCCCUCUAUUAUUUUCAUGGACGAGCCAACCUCUGGGCUCGAUGCAAGAGCUGCCGCUAUUGUCAUGAGAACAGUAAGGAAUAUAGUGGACACAGGACGAACUAUUGUGUGCACGAUCCACCAGCCGAGCGUGGACAUAUUUGAAGCUUUUGAUGAGCUUCUCCUAUUGAAACGAGGCGGGCAAGAAAUAUAUGCCGGUCCGUUGGGACGUUAUUCUUGUCAUCUGAUCAAGUACUUUGAGGGUAUCCAAGGAGUUAGCAAAAUCAAAGAUGGUUAUAAUCCAGCGACUUGGAUGCUCGAAGUCACGACACCAGCACAAGAACUUGCUCUGGGGAUUGAUUUUGCUACUUUAUACAAGAAUUCGGACUUGUACAGGAGAAACAAGGCUUUGAUCGAAGAAUUGAGCGUACCGCCUCCUAAUUCCAAGGAUCUCUACUUCCCAACUAAGUAUUCACAGUCAACUUUCACCCAAUUAGUCGCUUGCUUAUGGAAACAACAUUGGUCUUACUGGCGCAACACAAACUAUACAGCUGUUCGGCAAGUCUUCACCGUCUUCGUAGCCUUAAUGUUUGGGAGUAUGUACUGGGAUGUCGGAUCUAAAACGAACCGACAAAUAGACUUGAUUAAUGCAAUGGGCUCAAUGUAUUCUACCGCCAUCUUCCUUGGGGUCCAAAAUGCAUCUCCCGUGCAACCGGUUGUAUCAGUGGAAAGAAUAGUUUUUUAUAGAGAGCAAGCUGCCGGCAUGUACUCGGCCCUGCCAUAUGCUCUGGCACAAGUCCUGAUCGAAGUACCCUACAUCCUGGCACAAACAAUAACGUACAUCUUCAUAGUUUAUCCGAUGAUUGGGUUCGAAUGGAAAGCUGAGAAAUUCUUCUGGUUUAUGUUCUUCAUGUUCUUCACCAUGCUGUGUUUCACCUUCUUCGGCAUUAUGGCAGUAGGCUUGACCCCGAACCAUCAUAUCGCCGGCAUCGUCUCCUUUGCAUUCUACUGUUUAUGGAGCCUCUUCUCGGGGUUCCUAGUGCCACGACCCAGGAUACCUGUUUGGUGGAGAUGGUACUACUGGGCAUGCCCCGUUGCUUGGACUUUAUACGGGUUGGUGGCCUCGCAGUACGGCGAUGUGGAGGAUAUGCUCGAGGACUAUGGCGGCUCAGUGAAACAAUACAUCAAAGAUUACUUGGGUUUCAGGCAUGACUUCCUGGGAGCGGCCGCCGGCGUGAUGGUCACGUUCCCCAUACUCUUCAGUUGCGUUUUUGCCGUUUCCAUCAAGGUGCUCAAUUUCCAGAGGCGAUAAAAGUCUUGUACUAUUUGUAAUGACAUAUGGCACAGCUAAUAGCAUUCCCAUCGCCGAGGGAAGAGGCACCAAUUCAGCACCCAUGUCACGAACGGGAUACUUGCAGAGAUCGUUUCCAGUUUGAACUACUGAUUUUAAUGAAGGGCAACUGAUCACAGAGUCUGUCAUUCCCUAUAUCCAUUGCUCAACCGGAUCUGUUCGUGCAAAAUUUGGUGAUAUCGAGUAAGAUUAUGGAUGUUCAUGUUCACGAGAACGAAACAUUUAAGGGGAAACAAAAGACCGGACAAGACCAGGAUUAUAUAAUCUGUCAUUUCUGAUUGUAUGAACUCCAUUUCUUUAGCCGCAACACAAU